AUGAGUUAGACUUCUUUAUCGAAACAGACUCAGUUUAAGGAUAAUUAUAUAAUACUAACAGAUGAAUAUUAUGGAGAAGGUUGCUUUGGGUAAGUAUAUUCAUGUCGAAAGAUUGAUAAUACAGAUCCAACAAUUUAUUGUGUUAAAAUCAUUCCUAUAAAUUAAGAGAUUCAUAACUCAACCCAGUAAAGUGAAAUUGAGGAUAUUAUUAAAACAACAAUAUCUGAAUUAGACAAAAAUAGCCCCUAUUAAAUAAAUUUAGUAUAAAUAUUUGACAUUUUUUACGAAGGUUACUUUAUAUAUAUUGUUAUGGAAAAAUGUGAUGAAGAUUUAUAAAUAGAAUUUGAUAAAAUGAAUGAAAAUAAUGAAUGGUAUACUGAAGAAUAAGUUUUAGACUUGAUACAAUAAAUAAUAACAGGUUAACAUUAAUUGCAUUAUUUAAAAAUAAUACAUUCAGAUAUUAAGCCAGAGAAUAUACUGAUUAAAUAUGAAAAUAAAGGAUAAGUAAAUGAAAGAAAAAUGUAUAAAGUAUAAACUAAAAAUUCAUAUCUAAGAUUUCAGACUUUGGUAUUGGAAGAUUGAUUAAAUAGCUGACAAAAAAAAAUGAUUUGAUUAGAACAGGAACUCCAAAUUAUUCAGCACCUCAAAUGUUUGAGAAUCAUAUAGCUACAGAAAAAAGUGAUAUUUUUUCACUUGGAGUUUUAUUUUAUUAGAUAUGUCAUAAAUCCUAACUACCUUACGAUUGUAGUUCAAUGUAAAAAAGAUAUUAAAGUUUGUAAAAUUUAAAAACCAAUAGUUUUUAAGCUCCUCCUCUUCCUUACAAUAAAGGGAAUAUAUUUAAUAAUCUAAUUUAGAGGAUGAUCGUAUACAGAGAGGAUGAAAGAAUUUAAUUUUAAGAUAUAAUCCACCAUUCUGUAAUGAAAGCUCAAGGUAUAGAAGAUACUGUGGUGUUUAAUAAUGAGAGUACAAGCUUUUAAAGCGAAAAACUUUAUGAUAAAUCAUAAUAUUUAGAAAAAAGAAGAGUAGCUUCAAUUUUAUCAAGAUUAAAGCGAUUACAAAGAUUAUUGGAGUUAUUUUAUAAUAGAUUCAAACUUUGUAAUUAUUUUAUUACUCAAAUUAAUAAUGAUGAGAAUUUUUUAUAAUUAAAAUUGAAUUUGUAUUUAAUUGCAUUUUAUCAAUUACAAUAUGCACUUGCUUUGAUUUAUAUUCGUCCUUUCGAAAUGCAUCCGAAUACAAUAUAGGAAAAUGAUAUAUUAAUAUUAAUUGAUAAAUUAAGUGAAAUUUAAAAUACAAUUAAAAACUUUUAAGCAGAAGAUGUUACAAAAUACAAAUAUUUAGAAAACUAAAUUUAGGAAGAAUAUCACAAAUUCAAAAAAUAAUUUUAUUCAUUUUCUAAUAUCCUUCAUUCAAAAUUCAUAAAUAAAACAUCUUUUGAAGAUUGUUAAUUUUUUCAUAAAGCUUUGAUGAGCAAAAUCAAAUUGUAGGUUUUAGUAAGCAAUAUAACAAAAUUAAAAAAAAUUAUGUCAGGAAUGUUAUCCGAAGAUUUAUAAGAUCUAUUAAAUUAGAUAAUUAAACUUGAAACCCUAUUUCCAGUAAGCACUUAUAAAAGUGAUAUCGAUCUAACAUUACUAUUCUCCAUCAAAAUUUAAUAAACCAAUGCAUGA